AUAGCUAAUGUGCUGGAAGGAGACUCAAUGGAGCAGGACGUGGAAAGCCCUGUUACAAUUCAUCCACCCAAGUUGCCCAAACAGGCCAGAGAAGAUCUGCCAAAGCAUUUAAGCAAAGAGGAUGCCAAAAGAAAAAUCCAGAGGUAUGUUAGGAAAGAUGGAAAAUGCAACGUCCACCAUGGAAAUGUGAGAGAGACUUAUCGCUAUUUGACUGAUAUCUUCACCACCUUGGUCGACCUCAAGUGGAGAUUCAACCUUUUGAUAUUUGUCUUGGUUUAUACUGUGACUUGGUUGUUCUUUGGAUUCAUCUGGUGGCUAAUUGCUUACAUUCGAGGAGACAUGGAACACAUAGGAGAUAAGAAAUGGACACCGUGCGUUAGUAACCUCAAUGGAUUUGUCUCAGCCUUUUUAUUCUCUAUAGAGACAGAAACUACAAUUGGGUAUGGUUAUCGGGUUAUCACAGACAAAUGUCCUGAAGGAAUUAUCCUGCUUUUAGUCCAGUCUGUUUUAGGGUCUAUUGUGAAUGCUUUCAUGGUUGGCUGCAUGUUUGUAAAAAUAUCACAGCCCAAGAAGAGAGCAGAAACUCUGGUGUUUUCUACCAAUGCUGUAAUUUCUAUGCGGGAUGGAAAGCUGUGUUUGAUGUUUCGAGUUGGGGAUCUCAGAAAUUCACACAUUGUGGAAGCAUCAAUACGAGCCAAGCUGAUCAAAUCGAAACAGACAAAGGAGGGGGAAUUUAUACCUCUCAAUCAAACAGAUAUCAAUGUAGGUUAUUAUACUGGGGACGAUCGACUGUUUUUGGUUUCACCACUGAUCAUCAGCCAUGAAAUAAACCAACAGAGUCCUUUCUGGGAGAUUUCCAAAACUCAGUUAUCCAAAGAGGAAUUAGAAAUAGUUGUGAUCCUAGAAGGAAUGGUGGAAGCAACAGGGAUGACAUGCCAAGCCCGAAGUUCUUACAUUACCAGUGAAAUUCUGUGGGGUUAUCGUUUCACACCGGUUCUCACUCUAGAGGAUGGAUUUUAUGAAGUUGAUUAUAAUAAUUUCCAUGAGACAUAUGAAACCAACACCCCAUCUUAUAGCGCCAAAGAAUUGGCAGAGAUGUCUAGUCGAGCAGAGUUACCUCUUACUUGGUCUGUCUCAAGCCAAUUAGAUCAACAUGCUGAAUCAGAGGCUGGAGAGGAAGCUAAAAGCCAUGAAGAACAAGCAGAAAGGAAUGGUGAUGUGGCCAAUUUAGAGAACGAAUCCAAAGUGUAG